GGAUUAAAAAAUUCACCUCCCCAUUCCACCCGCUCACCAUCCGUCUCCGACCCUUAGGCUGUUCUGCAAUUCUGCUGCCCGACCCCGAAUAAUGGCGGCAGAGGCCCAGGCCGAGGGACGCGCGCUGCCCCGAGCGCCUCCUCCGCCCCUGGCGCGCGGGGGCUCUUCCGCUUCCCCGGAGAAGCGCGGGCUCCCGAUCCCGGGGUUCGACGGCGUGGCCGAGGAGGAGGAGGAGCGGGUGCCCGAGCCAAAGCGGCGCCGCGCGUGGGUCGCCGCGCUCGACAGUGCGGUGGCGGGCUGCGGCGGGGACGGGGAUGGCGGGUCGUUCUCGUUCCAGCACGCGCCGGGCUGCUUCGUGGCGCCGGAGGCCACGCCCAAGUUCGGGUCCUUCAACCCGCCAGGGGACCAAGCCGAGCUAGCGGGCCUAGAUCCGAAGCCCGUGGGGCGCGAAGCUGACGCGGAAGACUCGCCGGAGGCGGGCGACGAGGUCUCCGCUGCGUCGGCGCCUGGGGCGGAGGCCAAAGACGAGAGGUUGAUGGCAUGAACUGUGACCUCGAUUUUGACCAGCCACGGAAGCUGCCUGUUAGAUUGCUUGUGGUAGCAUUACGUUUCUGCUCGGGUUGAGGCUUCCUAGUUUGCCAGUUCGCAAUCACUUGUAUUUACAUUGUUAACAGUUGACAAGUGCAGUCCAUUUGAUGCUCACGCUGUCAAACCAAGAAACUUCACCUGGAGCUAUUCGGCUCUUGUUGACAGAAACAAGUAACCGUCAGUAAUGUUACGCAGAAAUCAUGGUUGCCAUGCUUGAGAAAACAAUAAGCCUUUCA